AUGUGUUUUUGUUUUAUUUCAGCUGAGGUUGUGGCAGGAUCAGCUGCAUGGCUUGGUCGGGGUCUUUCUUGUGUUUGUGCACAGAGAAGAGAAAGUGAUGCACGCCCAUCAUUUGACUUAACUCCUGCACAGGAGGAGUGCUUGCAGAGGCUGCAGAGCCGCAUAGAUAUUGCCUAUGAUAGUUCAGUCCCGGAGCAUCAGGAAGCUCUAAAGGCUCUAUGGAACGUGGCCUUCCCAGAGGAAGAACUUCGUGGUUUGAUAUCUGAGCAGUGGAAGGAAAUGGGCUGGCAAGGAAAGGAUCCGUCAACAGAUUUUAGGGGUGGUGGUUUCAUUUCAUUGGAGAACUUGUUGUUCUUUGCUAGGAAUUUCCCGAGGUCUUUCCAGGAUCUCCUCCGUAAGCAGGAAGGAGAUCGAUCUUUAUGGGAAUACCCAUUUGCUGUAGCUGGGGUGAACAUCACAUUCAUGCUUAUUCAAAUGCUUGAUCUUGAAGCAGUCAAGCCACGGACUCUUGUGGGAGCAACUUUUUUGAAAUUUCUUUCAGAAAACGAUUCGGCAUUUGACCUACUCUAUUGCAUCACGUUCAAACUAAUGGAUCAUGAAUGGCUCGCCAUGCACGCAUCAUACAUGGACUUCAAUACGGUAAUGAAAGCGACACGACGCCAGCUGGAAAAAGAGCUCCUGAUCGAGGACAUUUCAAGACUAGAGGAACUGCCCUCAUACGGCCUUCUCAAUCGAUAGCUCGUUCACGCUCACCAACCACACAACUCAUUUUCUAAUGGAAGGAAAGCAAGUUUACCGGGUAUCGUCUUCGAUAGCUUUUAACUAGUUAGUGUUUUUGUACAUGAUUAUUCUGCUCUUCUAAUUUUCCACUGGCUUGCUCUUUUGCUCUCCUUGGCUAGUAGUAUAUCCACAUCCAUUCCACUUCGAUUCUUACAGAGAGAAGCCUUUCCCACUUCUUUCACUUUUUUUUUUCUCGGAAUUUGAGGUUGAGACUUCUUUGCAAUUAAGUUUGAUGGAUGAGCUGUUAAUUUCUUACUCUGCAUACAAAGAUUUCCUCCGAUGAACUUGCGAAUGUGAAACUUCAUAAUGAUUUUUUUUUUGUUUGUUUUGUUUUUUUUGCAUCUGAAAUUUGAGAUUAAUACAUGCGAAGAAUGUUCCAUUCUUG